AUGGUUCAGCACCAACUGGAUCAGAUGAUCAGAGACACAACAGAGCAAAGCUACCGGUGCAGGAUGACAGAAGUGACAGCAGCUGCAAGCAAAGGUACUACGAUGGUGGUCGUCGAGAAGUGCAGUGAGGAUCCCAGACAAGACUUUGUAGAUUCGGUGGCUACCAUGAUCACUGCAAACAAGCUUCAGAAUCCAAACAACCUCCGUGCACUUCUCGACUACUACAUGUCAGUCAACCCCCAAGAACUUCAUGUCAUGAUUCUGGAUGCUUUCUAUCAGGUCUGUACUGAUAUGUUCUCGUCUUCUAAAUGCUACUCUUAUUCUGCAGACUUUUGA